AUGAUCUAUAUACUGAAGAGAAUAGGAGUUAAGAGAAAUUUUUAUAUGAAUAGAUUAGUAUACAGAAGUAUUUCUGUAGAAAAAAAUCUUAAUUGAAUAAUUUAUAGUUAUUUUGAUAGGAAAUCUCAAAAAAAGAAGUAUUUGAGAGGGUUUAUGGACUUCCAAAGAGAUCUAAAAUAAGGGGAGUUGAUAAGGUGAUUGCAGUAGCAUCAGCAAAGGGAGGAGUAGGAAAAUCAACGAUAUCAGCAAAUUUGGCUAUUGCGAUGGGAAUUUUAGGGAAGAAAAUAGGUCUUUUGGAUGCAGAUUUAUUUGGACCAUCUAUACCAAAAAUGUAUAAUUUAACAGAAAAACCAGAAUUAUCAAAGGGGAAUAAAUUUAUUCCUUUGGUAAAUUAUGGUGUUAAAACUAUGUCAAUGGGUUUUUUUAUUGACAAAGAUUCACCAGUUGUUUGGAGAGGAUUAAUGGUAAUGAAAGCUUUACAACAGUUGAUAUAUGAUGUAGAUUGGGGGGAAUUGGAUUUACUUGUUAUUGAUAUGCCACCAGGAACAGGGGAUACACAGCUUACAAUAACUCAACAUGUUAUUUUAGAUGGCGUAAUUAUUGUAUCUACACCUCAAGAUGUUGCUUUGAUCGAUGCAAUUAGAUGUAUUAAUAUGUUUCGAAAAAUGAAUGUUAACAUCCUUGGUAUUGUUAAAAAUAUGAGCGUAUUUAUUUGUCCAAAUUGUAAUUACAGCUCACAUAUUUUUGGAAUUGAUAAACUUGAUAAUAUUGCAAAGAAUAUGGAUAUCGAAGUUCUUGCUGAUAUUCCAUUACAUAAAAAAAUUAUGCAAGAUUGUGAAAAUGGUUAUCCAACUGUUGCUGCUGAGCCAAAUGUUCCUCAAUCUCUACCUUUUAGAAAAUUGGCUGAUAUUAUUUGGAAAAAAAUAUAACAUUAUUUAUUUAUUGAUUUAUUCAUUCAUUCAUUUCUUUUAUUU